UGCACAGCCGGGGACAGCUGCUGCUCUGAGUCCUCCAGAACUCAGUUGAACAUGGCUUUCAAGGAACUAACAUCCAGAGCAGUACUUCUUUACGAUGAGUGGAUUAAAGAUGCUGAUCCACGUGUGGAGGACUGGCCACUCAUGUCCUCUCCAAUCCCCCAGACAAUCCUCAUUGGGGCAUAUGUUUACUUUGUCUCGUCUUUGGGACCACGGCUGAUGGAGAACAGAAAACCUUUUGAUUUGACAGGGAUAAUGGCUGUGUAUAACUUAUCCAUGGUCAUUUUCUCCUUGUACAUGUGUUAUGAAUUCCUUAUGUCAGGCUGGGCUACAGGAUAUUCCUUCCAAUGUGACAUUGUGGACUACUCU